AAAGUCAACUUAUUAAACGUAUUAAGCCGCUUGCGCAUGUCUGAUAGGUAAUGUGUCAAUGGUUUAUCUAGUUGUUGCCGAUGUAAGUUCAAAUGUUGCUGCGAAAACAUUUGUGCUAAAUUUUGCCCAACUUUUGAGCGACAGGUCUGGACAUUAGUCACUGCAAGUUGUAUCAAAAAGUGGAAGAAAUCGAGCCAAACAGUCAUCCAAGAGGACGGGGUCGCCGAAAAUUAAAUAAAAAAGUCCGACAGAGAACAAUAGACCGUAGCUUAUAAUGGGCAGUAAUUCGUGAUUACAAUACAAACUUUCCGACUCGAUAAAAGUGUCCAUAUAAAAAAUCGCAGCAAGCUGCCGUGUUAAAGAACAAUAAAAGCAAGUUUUUAAUGAGAAAAUAAAACCAUGGCGGAAAUUUAUCGUUGCGAAAAAGCCGCUGUGGAGAAGCUGCAAGCCGUUCCGGAACCGGAGUGGAUUCUGGACAGGACCGGCACCGGGCCCUUGUAUUGGCGGAGAGAGUCCCCGGAAUGCAAUUCCAGAGUAAAAUUCCGGUUCGACGUGGAAGUCAAGGAGUUCCAGCGCAGUGCUCACGAAUUCGAAGACUUGGAAUGGUCGCGAUGCAUCGAAGAAUCCAACACUCUAACCAUGGGUCUGGCGUGCAUCAUUUGCAUCACCGUAACAGUGAUGCUCCCUUGGUACAUCAUGAUCGGAACCUAUUGAAAAUCUUUAGUCGGACAUCUGUGAUUGACCGACAGGACUUUGAACUGUUGACUUGUUAAAGGUCAAGGAGUGAUUGUGAUAUUAAAUAUUUAUUGAGGGUAUUACAUACCUACGUUGUGAGAAAAAGUGAUAUUUAAUUUAGCCUUUGUUACAUCGCUUCCGAUGUAAAUAAAAUUAAGUUCAUUUUGUUUGUACGUGGGCCCGAUUUGAAAAUGUUUGGUUGGGACAAAUGUUGGCUCUGGGAUAUAGAACCGUUUAGGUUCUUUGAAGCCAUUUGUUUUAUUACGGGAGAAAUAAACAAAACGACAAACACUAGAUGCACAUAUGAAUCUAUGACGGAAAUGCAAAACAGGUUCAGUAAAAUCGACUCCAAAAGCAUUUGUAGUUUAGUAAAAAGGAGCGCUUCUUCCACACAAGUUUGCAAAUUUUCUGGCGAUCACCCACGAACUUGUGGCUCCUAAAAGACUGCAGAUCCACUAGUAUAUUACGUAAUUUUCGAUAAAGAUUAGAUAACUCCAAUUCGAAAAUAACUUUGAAUAAUCAAACUUUUAUUUUAACGUCACAAAUUAAUUUUUAAUAUAAGACUACAGCUGUAUUUCAGAAAGGGUAAAGUUUAUUUUAGAAGAUAUUGUAAUUCAGGCUAGUAAACUGUAAUUCAGAAAUAAAAUUUGUAAUAUUCUGGGUUUAAAAUUUAAAAUUACAAAAUACCACAAAAAUCAAAACUAUGUUCUUAAUUACUACUUCGUUUUUUUGGUUGGCUUAGGUAAAAGUUUUACUUUCAAUUGAAAAAAACACAAACUUCUGCAUUUUGAUUUUAUUCUGUACAUCUGUACAGUCAUCAAUAAAAAGCAUGACACCCUAAAACCGCAAAUUUUUCGAUAUGAAUUUAAACUAAAAAAGUCAUCUGGCACGAAAAGUUGAUAACUGUUGACUGCUUUCAAGGGGAAAAAAAGGGAAAAAAUCAAUUAUUACAUUUCUCAUCUCUUUUUUUUAGUUUAUAAAGACAUCAAAAAUUAGGUCUAACUAAAUAAGAAAUUUAAUAAAAAACUUUUUUUUCUAAAUGUGUAGAAUGUGACUUUUUCCCGUGUACUCUUCAGUUACCUACUUAAAUUUAUUAAUUAAACUUUUGUAUCCUUGAUAGGAAAGCUCCGUACAAACAAAAUAAUAACUAAAAUCUCUGAUUACAGUGGCAGAAAAAAAUAAAACUUUUAGUAGUUUUCUAGUCAUAAAAUAUACCUUUUUGUAACUUAUAUAAGACAUCCCAGAACUUGACUGGGUACCAAAUCAUCCUGUAUAUAGCUGCAUCAAUGUCUAAAUCUGGUGAUUUUUCCUGGUGUGUACGCAUAUUGAGUGAGUUGUUUAAAAACAUUGUUUAUAUGAUAAGAGAAAAAAUUGUCUACAAUAAAAUUAACUUUUUAAUACAAAAA